CAAACGCGCUCUGGCUCACCAGUAAAUAGAAGAGUAUUUGCGCGACGAUCUAUGUCGCCGCGUGAAGAUAAAGCGGCUGCUAGGUGUACACGAUCAGGAUCAGCGGAACGCACGAGAGCGCUUAUGCAAGCAAAGGUGGAGGCAGGAAGAAAAAAGCAGGAGGUGGUGCAAGCGCCCAAAACAACAAUUAGACUAGAGCGUGAAGCUAGCGUGAAAGAAAACAAGGAGUCGGACGUUGGGGAGACGCCAGCUAAUGUAUUUUCAUUAUCAAGGGCGCUGUCGCCCAUUAAAAUGGCGGCUGAGACACACUCUUUGCCACAUGCGAAGAGUGAAGCUUCCAAAAUGGGUACUACAACGCAUUCUAUGCUAGAAGUUGUGGAACAAGCUGUAGAGCGCGCCAAAAAUGGCGGACUUCCCAUGGAUGGGGAUGUGAAGUUAGCUGCAGAAGAUAAAGAUGUUAAUAAGCAGGGGGAGAGAAUUGACUUAAGUCCCAAUGGAUUACGAACACCCACAAAAUCUAUGAAAGAUGAAAAGAAGGGCGACGACAAAAAGAAAAUUGAAAGAAAAAACGAUGAAGAUAGAAAACAAUCUAAAAAUCAGAAGGCCCCCAUUAAAGAAAUCUUCAAAGACAAUGACUUGCACGGAAAGCCUGGAAAGUGGACUGAUGGUGGGGAUAAUACUCCAGCGAGAAGCGAGAGUAAUACAGCAAAUUCCAAAACAAGUUCCAUUCUUAGCAGUAAACACUCAGCUAGUUCUUUGAGACGUAACUCUAAAAGCCGAUCACCCGUAAAAAGCACAGAAAAUGUCGUCACUGAAAAAUACAUCGUCCAAAAAAAUGGCUUACGGCGGAAAAACAUAAGUCCGUCCAGUAAUAUAGAUGACAGCGCCAGAGGAAGGUUCGCAGCUAAGGGACGUUUUAGUAUGAGUCCUAGUAAAAAAGAAUCUCUGAGCUACAACAAAAAUGCGAAGCAACGCAAUAUUUGGGCGCAUUCAAGUCCGGAAAAUAGGGAGCAGUCGAGCAGUCACGGUAACACCCACAAGCCAACCCUGAAUACAACACAGAAUCUCCUUGAAAAAGUUGAAAAGUCAAGUACGAAUCCUAAAAACACACCACCAGAAAACGAGCAUCUUAAUAAAGGCUCUAAGAGGGAGAGGGAUAGCUAUUCAAGUCAAGCCAAAUUGAAGCCGGGUCAAAGUAAUUGGACAAGUUCAAACAGAAGAAAUAGCCAAGAUGAAUAUGCGAAUAUGACUCAUCGGUUUGAAAACUAUACAGGCGCGAGCAUUGUAGGUAAACACAAUAGCGCUAGUCCCAGAAAACAAGUCAAUUCUCUCGAAAGCGAUGAAACUAAUACCACCUCAAUGGAAGAAGCUGAAUGUCCUCCGAUAAUGCAUGAAUAUUUUCAAAGAGAUCACAUCAAAAAUAUGACGCCAGAACAUGAAAACAUUUCAAGAACUCCUUUUAAUGGGCCACAUGCCAAUAACUGGCAUGAAAACGAUCAUCAUGCAAAGGCUAGAAAUAAUAUAUCGUCCAGCCAUAGCACAACUGCAUCCAAACCGGAGAAGAAAAAUAUCAGACAACAGCAGCAAGUUCAUAGAAAUUUCAGUCCCAGCAUUAAAUCGAUGCACAUCGAUAAACAUAAAUUACAUCGCUCAAAACAUACUGAAAUCAAUCUAGCAGCGAAUCACUUCGCUAAAGACAAACACUCCGCUGUUCAAAAAACGAAUAAUCUAACCCACCAGCUAACCACCUCCAGUCCCACAAAGGAUCCAACGCAUACAAACUCUUCCACACAAAAUUCCCACAACAGUUCACCAUCGAAAUCAUCAAAGUCUUCCACAAGUAUUGUCAUAUGUACAAAUCUCUCGACACCCGACACAGAAGUCGACAACGAAGCGACACUGAGUGAUGAAUUAACGCAAGCGCUGCAACAACUUGAACUACGCAAUGAAGCAGUAGACGAAGAAGAUAGCUCUUUUCAUCAUAGCGACGACGAUUCGUUACACUCCGACCACGAAGAUAGCUCUCGCACUGAUAACGAAGCAGCGCCGGGCACUGACAUGGAGCUGAGUUACCACGCCGAUGUGGAGAUUACAUCUGUCUCCUCUAUGGAUGAUUUAAUUAAUAUGCUAUCACCUGAAGUUGCCUACCUCAAUUUAGGACGCAGCGCUACAAUGAUGACGCUACGUAACACAACGCCGUUAUUUAACGCGCCAUCCUCUUCCCCACACGCUUCCCCGAAUAGGCGAAGGCAUAAUCACUACUCGUCCUAUGACAGUGAUCAGCUCAAGAAGAGGGCCUUUGUUACCGAAUUCAGUUCGUUGGCUCGUAGUCGUUCGCCUCAGGUACCACCAAGUCCUUAUAAAAUACGCGCGCGUUGUGCUGUUUGCUAUAAUAAAUAUGUGAUCAAGUAG